AUGAAGAGGUCCACGUUGCUGUCGUUGGACGCAUUCGCUAAGACCGAAGAGGACGUACGAGUCCGCACCAGGGCCGGCGGGCUGAUUACUCUAUCGUGCAUCCUGACCACGCUAUUCCUGCUGGUUAACGAGUGGAGACAGUUCAACUCUGUGGUAACAAGACCACAAUUGGUGGUGGACCGUGACCGACAUGCGAAGCUGGAGCUUAAUAUGGACGUAACUUUCCCAUCAAUGCCGUGUGACCUGGUCAAUCUCGAUAUCAUGGAUGACUCCGGAGAGUUGCAACUGGACAUCCUUGACGCUGGGUUCACGAUGACCAGGUUAGAUGGUGAGGGCCGCCCCGUAGGAGAUACCACUGAGUUACAUGUGGGUGGGAACAGUGACGGUAACACGCCGGUUAAUGACGAUCCCAACUAUUGUGGGCCAUGUUACGGUGCCAAAGAUCAGUCGCAGAAUGAGAAUCUGGCACAGGAAGACAAGGUGUGCUGCCAAGACUGUGAUACAGUAAGAUCUGCGUAUCUGGAGAAAGGCUGGGCUUUUUUUGAUGGGAAGAAUGUCGAGCAGUGUGAAAGAGAGGGCUACGUAAGCAAGAUCAACGAGCAUUUGAAUGAGGGCUGCAGGAUCAAAGGAUCUGCGCAGAUUAAUAGGAUUCAGGGGAAUCUUCACUUUGCCCCUGGAAAACCUUACCAGAAUACAUAUGGACACUUUCAUGAUACUUCUUUGUACGAGAAGACCCCAAACCUGAACUUCAACCACAUCAUCAAUCAUUUGAGCUUUGGAAAGCCGAUCCAGUCUCACCAUAAGUUGCUAGAUAAUGAUAAGCGCCACGGCGGUGCCAUAGUUGCCACUUCUCCCUUGGACGGGCGCCAAGUGUUCCCGGACAGGGCUACGCAAUUCCAUCAGUUCUCGUAUUUCGCUAAGAUAGUUCCUACCAGAUACGAGUACUUGGACAAUGUCGUCAUUGAGACCGCGCAGUUCAGCGCCACGUAUCACUCCCGCCCUCUUAUCGGUGGAAGGGACAAGGAUCAUCCAAACACACUUCACGCUAGGGGUGGUAUUCCUGGCCUGUUCGUGUUCUUCGAAAUGUCUCCAUUGAAAGUCAUCAAUAAGGAACAGCACGGCCAAACUUGGUCCGGCUUCAUCUUGAAUUGUAUCACCAGCAUCGGUGGUGUCCUAGCUGUGGGCACCGUCAUGGACAAGCUAUUCUACAAGGCACAGAGAUCUAUCUGGGGAAAGAAGAGCCAGUAG